UGUUGUUGUUUGUUCAUUUCCUCCAUGUUACAUCCUUGUGUCAAAGACGACUUACAACAGAGAUUUCUCAAUCUUUCCAGUUCAGGACAAAAUAUGUUUGAGUAAAACUACUUCCGAAAAUAUUUCAUGUAUUGUGUUGGUAACUACUUUUCAUAUAAUGGAUUCCAAUUCUUCUAGAGCAAAACAUCAGAAAGAAGCACUUCUUGUCGCACAAGAUGUAUUUCAUUAUUUAUCUUCUAAUGUUUUUCCUGAGAAUGCGAUCAAAAGGCCAAAGGAGAAGUCAAACUAUCAUCAAAAUAUAGGCAAAGCAUGUUCCUACAGGCUGAAAUUUGCUAGAAAAUCUUUUAGAGAAAUAUGUGUCAAGGAGUUUCCUAAUCGCAUACUGGGAUCCAGAGAUUUCGUAUCUUGGUUUCAAGGAGUUUUAUCUAGACACAGUCAAGAAUGUAGUUCUCCAUUCUCUGCAACAAUUGAGUCCCUUAGCUUGAUGUUCGAAGCUGUCUGCUACGCCUUUGAAAAAGGUCAAAUAAAACUCUAUCAGAUUCUUCCUAUCAUGUGGACGAAUCACUUUAUGCAGAAAGUAUACCCAGAAUUCUUCAAUAAGGGUGGUUGGCACAGUUUCAUUAAAAAAGCCUCAGAGACUGUCGAGUCAUAUGAAACAUUCUUUCUCACUAGUGAAGCAGGUGCAUUGGAGCUCAUAGCAGGUUUUAAAGAGGACCCUACACCUACCCCUACACCCUCUAAGGCGGGUGAAACAACUAGUUCUGGCAAAAUGGAUGAUAAGGCUAGUUCUGGCAAAACAGAUGAUAAGGCAAAACAGAUAACUGUGCCUUUAAUGUUACAGCGAGCAGGAUUUCCAGAGAAAGUAGAUGAAUCAAGUAAUCUUGCAAAAACUUUGAGAGGGCUUCUUGAUUUAAGUGUAGGACAAAAUAUCAUCAACACUUGGAUGCAGGAAUGUGUUAUGGCUGCCACUCCAAAAGAACGACUCCCGGGGAACAGAAAAGUGGAUCCGCUUUGUACUUAUGAUACAUCACCUGAAAUCAGUCCGCGAGAGUCACCAUCACCUAUCAGAAAAAAUCCUGGGAAAGAUGAAAAAUCUUGCUAUGAUCAAAAUGUUGGGGACCUCCCACAGAAAGUCAGUGGGCAAAACUCACAUGGUAAGAAGAAGACUAAGAAGCGUGGUCAAAGGAAAAUGUAGUGAUGAGAACAAAGAAGAGCUUAACUUUCUAACCAGCAAUCUGUAGGGUCUGUUGGGCUAAUUUGAGUAUUAAAUUGAUUCAUUUUGAAUGUUAAAGUCCUGUAAUAAUUUGAUUUUAUCUUUUUUUUUUUUUCAUUUUUCUUAUUCCAAUUUAGCAUUUUGACUUUCUGCAAGUUUAAAUGCCUAUUUUUGUUGUUCUAUGAAAUGAUUAUUUUUCAUUCUAAUUAGUGAAAUGAAAUAUAUGCCCAAAGCAUCCCAUGUUUUUAAACAAUUAAUUACAUGAAAACUAAUAAAAAUGUUUUGAUUCAAUGAAAAGUGAGCACAUGAACCUAAAUUUGGAAAACAUAAAGUGAAUUGAGAAAACUAAACUUAUUUGUUAUGAAUUUCAAUGAAAAUGUUACUGACAUUUUCAGCAUAUACUCAUGAGCAAAGAUGUUUAAAACUGAAUUAUUGUAGCUUUAUGAAGUUAGUAGUUUUCAAAUUUAUUUAAUGAAAUGUAACUUAUACCCAAAUUACCCCCACAGACCCUACUUUGCAGCAAGUUUACCACUUUACCUAUACUCAUUUUUUUACAGAAUUUCGCAAGACGCAGAUUGGCUUUCUGCUCUGUGAUUUUGAAAAUUAUUGAUGUAAUUUUAAAGGGACACUUAUUUUAACCAAUAUAUUUUACUUAUUUAGAAAAAUUUUAACUUUGUAAGAAAGUUUUCUGUAUCUUAUACUCUGUGUGUUACAAGUUUCUGUUAAAUUUAAAUACAGUCAAUUCGUGAUAACUCAAAGUCUCAUAACUGGAAUAUUACUGUAACUUUGUUUUUAUCAAGUCCCGAUCCCUUUGUCUUUAACUCCAUACUAAAUAUUCACAAUAUCUCUAAGUUAACUUCCUUUACCUGGAAGUUUUUUCAAAGAUGACGAUAAAUAGUAAGAUUUGAUUUUGAUUUUUUCUCCCAAUAUUUUUGAUUAAACUGCAUAUUGUGCUUAAAAACUUUUAAGUUCUGUAAUUUUCUCUGUUAUAUGUACAUGUUAAUUAAAAUAUUCGAGGAUUUUUAAUAUUAAAAUGUAGAAAACCGAAACUAGCGUUAAGUCGAACUUUCGGUAAGUCGAAGUUUUUCGUCAGGUCCCUUUAGAUUUGAGGUAUCUCAAAUUGACUGUAAAUGAUCCAUUUAUAAGUAAAACAGUUUAUUUUGCUUUGAUUGUUUCAUUUUAGUUUUUAUAUGAGUAGCUAAAAUGCUAGAAUGAUUUGUUUUAGAAUAAUUAUACUUGCAAAAGUUGCUGCAAGAAUUUAUAAUCAAUUAAAAUCAUAAAUUUAAAUAUUGAAUUUUCAGAAAUCAGUUUUGUUGAUUUUUAACUUGAAAAGUUAAAUUGUUCAUUGCAAAUGCAUGGUCCAGCCAAAAAUGAGAUUUGCUCAUUACCAUCAAGUCGGGAUUUUUCAUGUAACACAAUGAUUCCAAACCUGCAGUUUGUUGACAGCUAAUGAAAAUUAAUAUACAUCAUUUUUAUAUUUGUUGUUACUAAAUUUAUUAAAGACAACUUUUGGAUUUGUUUCA